CUGCUCGGGCCUUCGUUUCUCUGGUGUGAUAUGGAGUCAGAUGGGAAUCUGAACCCUGACACAGAUGACCUUCCGCUCCGAGCAAAUACUAACCACAUCCUUGUAAGACAUUACGUGUUGGAUCUGACGGUUGACUUUGACAGUAGGGUCAUCAAUGGGAGCAUUGUGCUCUUCCUGGAGCCUCGCUAUGGAGGCGGAACUAAGGAUGCUGAUGGACCUGCAAUUGAAGAGGGCACAAAGGAUGUUGAGAAUGAAUCUAGAUUUCAGGAGGCCAGAAUAAUGGAGGAAGGUGCCACUGAAGUGAAGAAAGAGGAGAUGUAUGGUGCUAAAAAAAGAAACAAAUCUGACCUGAAGGCUACUUGUGAACCCCAGAUUGCAUCUGUCCUUAGCAACACUCAGUCCUCACAUCUGCUGCAAACCACCAGUGGGAGGGAUUUCACCUUAGUGCUGGACUGCUGUGACCUGGACGUAUCAAAGGUGGAGGAGGUGGAUGUUGCCUCCGUCUCGGCUGCGUCGGGCCUUCAACCACACGUUGCAUCCGAGCAGUCGGAAGUCGUUUCGGCAUACAAACAAGCGUCCUUUGUUCAGAGGGUUAUCUCCAUGCCUUCCGCCCAAUGGGAGCAGAAGAACCGGCUCUUUUCGCUGUGCAGCCGAGCCCCUGGCGCUGAAGACGGCAGCUCGUUGCGCUUCCACACAGACUCCUGGAGUCUUCAGGUGAGGAAGACGGGAGUCUCCUCUCCCGAGGGAUUCCCCCGAGUUAUCAGGAUCUGCUACAAGACCAGGAUGUCGGGGGGCUCGGUGAGGUGGACCAAAGACCAGGACGACAGGGUGUGUGUUUACACUGCCGGUUCUCCCAUCAACAACCGAGCGCUCUUCCCCUGCCAGGAGCCGCCUGUUGCCAUGUCAACGUGGCAGGCAACAGUGCGGGCCCCCAGUCGCUGCGUGGUUUUGAUGAGUGGGGAAAAGCAAGCUGUUCCUACUGAGGAUGGCGACUCACAUUUUAGAAUCUGGAAUUACUACGUCACGAUGCCCAUGCCUGCGUCCACCUUCACUCUGGCAGUGGGCCACUGGCGCCAAGUCACAAUGGAAAGUCCUCCAGCGUCGGAAAAAUACCCUUGGGACAGGCCUUUUUGUGGCAAGUUAGACCAACUGAGAGCUGACCGUGGGGAAUGCACCGCGGCUGAGCUUGUGUCGCCACUUGGAAGUUCCUCUACUGAAGUGGGGAAGGACUUUCCACUCCAGACUGGCAGAACAGGAAAUAAAGAGGGGUUUGGAGCAUUACAGAGGAUCACUUCAGUGUGGGUAGGGCAGGGUUGGGCUGGGGUCUCCCUCUCCAAUAGCCGGGAGUUUGCCUUCCCUUUUAUCAUCCACAACUGCAGUGAGGAGACCACCGGCUCAGAGUAUGCAUUCUGUCACUCUUUCCUCAGGGACAAGGAGCUCUCUUUAACUGAUUAUUCGGGCAUGGUGGAUGACAGCAUCUCUUGUUCCCAUGGCGACUACCCUUGCCGGUUUACUCAGUGGUCGGCUUGGUCCCAGCGGGUGAUUCCACAUCGUGUUUUUAGCCCCGCAUGCCUGCUGCAGGAGGCCCAGACGGGAGUCCUCUCACUGUUGCCUCGAUGUUUGGCUGCAGCUCAUGCUGUUCUGGGGGUGCAUCCCUUUCCUCGCCUUGAUGUUGUUAUUGUCCCAGCAGGGUUCUCCAGUCUGGGCAUGGCCAGGUAA